AUGGAACAUCAGGCCUUUUCCUCAUCAUUUUUUGAUCAGGUUGAAUGCCCUUGUAGUGAGUACUCAGAGCAUUAUAUAUGGGAUUACCAGUAUGACGCACUUCCACUAAUGCCUGCAGAUGAAGCUAUAGCCUUUGCAAAACAAGUCUCAGAGAUUGGUCAAGAUGUUGCAACUACUGAAGAUGUAAAUGUCGAAGAAAUUUCUACCGUAGUUGUAGGAAAUGAUACCAGACCAUCCAAAAGACUUUGGAAUUUCGAAAUGGUUUCUAAAUACUUCCAUUUGCCUAUGAAUCAAGCGGUGAAAGGGUUAAACAUUAAGGAAGCUUGUUUGCAGAAGAUAUGUAAGAAGGUGGGAAUUGAUCAAUGGCCAUAUAAGAAGUUGCGUACCUUGGAACGAUUAGCAAAAAAUGUCCAAGGGAAUACUGAUCAUAGAGAAAUUACAAAUGAGCUAGAAAAUCAAAGGGAGCAGAUGUUAAAGGAUCCUAAUCUUCAAUCAGGCAUAGAAAGAAAUAAACUUAAAGUUUCACACAAGAAGAGAAAGUAUCAAAAUUUGACGAAACUUUCUUACUAUGCUCCUCUUGCCAGCUCAUCUUAUGUUUCUGCUAAUCCUCUCCCAAAAACUAAGAAUGAAGAUACAAUGUAUCCAUCAUGUACUUAA